AUGCCUUUACGCAUCAAAUGGACGUGUACGUCCUGUCUCCGGCAACAACUGAACGGCCAGCAGCGCCGAGUCUCAACAUCCAGCCUGCGAAGCGCUUCCCGGCCGACUCACUCUAAAUCUCUAGUACAAGGCCACCCUCUGCAGGGCCUGCGAUCUUUCACCACUACUGCACCGAUACGUCAAAGAGUGCCUGAGGAACAGCACCAGGCCAUGCCACUCGGUGACUUCUACACCGAGCUUCUGUCGACACCGAUCGAGAAACAUCCUGCGACAUACUCAGACCUGCCCACCUUUGUAACACCGGGCGAUGAAGACAAGAUGGAAAGAGCAAGGAAGGUCUUCGGAUCGAUACGCGGGUCAGGAUAUGAACGGCGGACAUCGAGCACGCCGGACUCGACGUGGCGCACCAUCAACGGCGUCCCCGUGCCUCCCAAACCGGCCGAGCCUGACAAUUGCUGCAUGAGCGGCUGCGUGCACUGCGUCUGGGACGAUUAUCGAGAUGAUGUGGAAGAGUGGGCAGCCCGGGUUCAGGAGGCGCAGUCCAAAGCGCCGAAGCAGCGACGCGGGGCUCCCAAGAUCGAGAUGGCGAGACCCGAAGUGAGCGACGCUUCGGGAAGUAUGGACGAUGACGGCGGCGGGAGUGAAAGCCUCUGGACGACUCCUUCAGCUUCGGCAGAGGCCAAGGAGGAGGAUGUCCUGUUUCAGGGGAUUCCCGUCGGCAUUCGAGAGUUUAUGGCUACGGAGAAGAGGAUUCGGGAUCGGAGACGUGCUCGGAAAGAGAAGGGCCAAUUGGACAACGACGAGGACGACUUUAUCUGA